CGACUUAUGCCAUACUGUCUAAUGAUUGCAUGGCUUGUGUUGAAUGACCUAAACCUGUAUAUCGAGAGCAAAGAGUGAGUGAUAGACACGAGUAAGUGAUCUGUUGUAAGCAUUUUGUAUGGGAUUUACACAACAAUUGCAAAGAGUUUUGUAUAAAAGUAUUACAAAUAGAGUCCACGUCUCCAGAAGUCUACACACAAACCAUUGUCUCAAUCACGUCAAGAGAUCCAUAGAUUGGGCCAAAAACAAGUCACCGAAGUAUCGCAUUCUUUACGUCCGCAAAGUUAUGGCACAAACAGACGCAGAAGUGGCCGCUAUUCUGGAACCGCUCAGGAUAUCCGUCAAACAACAGGGUGAUAUCGUGCGGUCAUUGAAAGAGACGGCGGCUCCGGAUGUGGACAUAAAAAAGGCGGUCAAUGAGUUGAAGGCCCGGAAGAAAGUUCUGGAAGACAAGGAGCUAUCGCUGGCGCCAAAAGACGUCGGUUUUGACAGAGCGGUGUUGGAAGAGCUUCUGAAGCGCCGGUUCUUCUUUGACCAGUCGUUUGCCAUUUACGGUGCGAUCGCCGGACAGUUCGACUUCGGGCCUAUGGGUUGUGCGAUGAAAACCAAUUUGUUGAACAUUUGGCGCAACCAUUUCGUACUCGAGGAACAGAUGCUUGAAGUGGACUGUACUAUAUUGACUCCCGAACCCGUUCUUCGGGCUUCUGGACACGUCGAACGGUUCGCCGAUUUGAUGGUCAAAGACGUGAAGAAUGGCGAGUGUUUUCGUUUGGAUCAUCUCAUUAAAGGACAUCUCGAGAAACUGAUGGCCGAUAAGAAGACCACUGCAGCGAAGAAAGCGGAAUACGAAGACGUGAUCAUUAAAUUAGACGGCUAUUCAAAGGACGAGAUGAAUGCCGCGCUUCGCAAGUAUGAGAUCAAGACUCCGGUCACCGGCAAUGACGUGACGGAUGCCAUCGAAUUCAACCUAAUGUUUAGCACAUCUAUCGGUCCUUCGGGUGCUAUUAAGGGAUUUCUACGGCCAGAGACGGCUCAGGGAAUAUUCGUUAACUUUAAACGACUUUUAGAGUUCAAUCAGAAGCGCCUUCCCUUCGCGGCCGCACAGAUCGGUAAUGCCUUUCGUAAUGAGAUAUCGCCCCGAAGUGGACUCAUUCGUGUGCGAGAGUUCACAAUGGCUGAAAUCGAGCACUUUGUCGAUCCGUCCGAUAAAUUACAUCCGAAGUUUGAAGCGAUAAAAGAUGUGAAACUAAAUCUGUAUCCGGCGUGCAGUCAAAUGGAUGGCAAAUCUGCACAACUGGUCUGUAUUGGAGAGGCUGUCGCUAACAAGACUGUGGCCAACGAGACGUUGGGUUACUUUAUGGCACGGAUUCAUCAGUUUUUAACGAAAGUGGGCGUCGAUCCGAAGAGACUGCGAUUCCGACAACACAUGUCCAACGAAAUGGCUCAUUACGCCACCGACUGUUGGGACGCCGAGUGCCUCACGUCCUACGGUUGGGUCGAGUGUGUCGGGUGUGCCGAUCGAUCAGCUUUUGAUUUGACACAACACUCGAAGGCAACCCGAGUGAAACUCGUGGCUGAGAAAGACCUUCCGGAGCCGCAACAGAUUGAAGUCCACGAAUGCGUGCCUCAAAAGCCUUUGAUAGGAAAGGCAUUUAAAACCGACGCUAAGAUAAUCACCGAUACGUUGAAGGACUUAGAAUCCGAUGAAAUACUUAAAUACGAAUCCGAUUUAGAGAAAAGCGGACAAUUCGUGCUCAACAUUGAGGGCAAAGAGUUCCCGAUUACCAAAGAUAUGGUUACGAUUCGACGCUUGCAAAAGACAGUACACGUGGAAGAGAUCACUCCCGGAGUGAUUGAGCCGUCGUUCGGAAUCGGAAGAAUAAUGUAUACCAUUUGGGAACACAAUUUCCGAGUCAGGGAGGGCUCCGACCAGAGGGCGUAUCUCAGUUUACCCGCUGUUAUAGCGCCCAUCAAGUGCUCUGUCCUUCCGUUGAGCGGGAAUUCAGAUUUUAAACCAUAUGUUAAGAAGAUAUCGGAAAUGUUAACCCAAAACGAAAUCUCCAAUAAAGUGGACCAAAGCGGAGGAUCUAUUGGGAGACGAUAUGCCAGAACCGAUGAAAUUGCCAUUCCUUUUGGCAUUACUAUCGACUUCGAUAGUCUAAGUCCUCCGCACAGCGCGACUCUUAGGGAGAGGGACUCUAUGGAACAGAUCAGAGCACCGAUCGAUGAAUUGGCUCUUAUUGUGAGUGAUUUGGCAAAAGGCAAGAAGAGUUGGGCUCAAGUGAAGACCUGUUACCCACUCUUUGAACAACAGGAAUCAACUAAGAAUUAACAUAACAUUGUUUCAAACUUUAUGCAGGAAUUUGUAUUAAAUUAUAAUAAAAUUGUUUUUUAAGACCAAAGAA